AUGGCGGACCAAAAGUAUACCCAGCUUCGAAGCGAAGAGUAUGGUGAAGAGACCGUAUCCUACGGACACCUCAACAACAAAGGCUGGAGCGGCGCGUUGAACAUUCGGUGUCUGACAAUUAACAUGAUCUUGUUCACUUCCGGAGUGUUUGUCGGAAUAUUACUUGGCCAUGCACGCCCGCAGGGCGCUAGUGAACAGCUCACGCAGUAUUCCAUGGUGCCUUCACCGGCAUUUGAGGCCAUAUCUUCGCAGCCAUUGAUUCUAACACAUCACGAACUUGAGGGGCAUGGCUAUACGAGCCCAUACCAAGGAUUUCCAACUGAAGAGACGACAGAACGGUGGAUGGAUCUCAUGGAUGGAUACUCCAUACGCGUUCCGUCAACGUCUCUAGAUGCUUUAAAUCUUGAAAGCAUCCCCCUCAAUGACGGCUCUGGCGACGUAUGGGUCUCGAUGAAUGUGUAUCACCAUCUCCACUGUUUGGAUUCCAUCAGACACCAGAUCGCGGGAGUGCGCUGCUCGAACCCCGAUGGUUCGACUGCAAACCAUACGGAUCACUAUGGUAUGGACGAAGAGCACUAUUUCCCGCCACAUAUAGAUCACUGCAUUGAGACUCUUCGAAAGAGACUCAUUUGCCAGCCUGACCUCGGUGUCAGGGCUAUUGCCUGGAACCCUGACAAGCCUGGUGUUGCAUUCGCAAACAACACUGUAGAUUCGGCGUGCGUCAACUGGGUUGCUGUUCAAGAUUGGACGAAGAAACAUUCCUUUUCAGAGGAGGAAAAGUUGAUUACUACGCCCGAUGGGCAUACCUACAUUGGCCCGCGAACACCACCUGCUCGGUGCGGAGAAUAA